AUGAGUGAUGAAUUAGAGAAUGUUUUGGGUACAUUUAACGAGCGUUUCAAUUACGAAUCUAUUGAAUCGUUAUAUGGUAUAAAAUCUACAACUCAACUAAAGGAUUCAACACCUCUACUAGAAUUGGCGAAACUUGCAAAAUUGAUCAAGGCUCACAGUACUAAAGUAGGCAUAUUAUCGAAUGAGACUCGUCUGCGGAACAAUGAGGCAACCUUGACGAAACAAAUUCUAGAACUGGAACAAACAGUGUUCUAUCUCUUGUCACUUUUGCCUCUUUUUCAUAAUUCUGGUCACUAUACAUCGUAUCUCCUCAAGCAUUUGGACGAAGCUAUACUUAAUGUUCUACAAUGCAUUCGGAAUAUGUAUGAAGAGAUCAGACAAAAGACUGAAAGUCUCGUAAGUGUGGGACGGCUUUGGUCUUUAACAGAUGAGCUUUUGAUGAUAGCAGAUGAGGGCAACCUUGGUCUUUUAAAGAAGCACAUAUCGUCGUCAAUAACACUGGUAAAUGACACAGUCUUAGAACUACACGAUUGGCUUGAAGAGCCAACACUUGACAAUAGUGAUCCCUUCGGUCUGGGUAGUGAGUCUGAUGGGGAAGAUGAACCUGAGGUUGAGGGUUCCAAUACAGCUGUCCCCGAAGAAAUGAUUAAGUUCGUUAAAGGCCUGGAGGGGAAGUUUAAAAUGGUAAAAUUAUUACUCAGUUCCUUUGGCAAAAGCAUCUCUUUAAAAAAUCCUCAUACCAAAUCAAAUGCGGAGACUUUAGACAAGUUGUACUUGGUUCAGAUAGAGGUGAUAGAGCAAAUUGAUGAGUUUGCUUCGUCUGUUUUUAUGCUGGGUUCGGAUUUUAAUGCUAAAGAUGACGAGAUAGUUGCGGAGGUGAAUAGGUUGGAUGCAACCAUGUCUAGACUCUGUAAAUUGUUGAAGAAGCUUAAUAAAACCGAUGCAAAGAGGAAUCAAUGGAUCGAGAGCUGGGAAACUCAAUGGAGAAAGAAAUAG